AAGUCGGCGCAAAAGCUUUGGCCGACCAAUAAUGGCGUCUCAUCCCCGCAAGUGAAACCCUCAUCGAAUUCCUCAAGAAACCCUAGAAAAUCCCUUCCUUCUUCUUCUCUACAUCUUCGAUAACUUGUUUUUUUCUUAAGUUAUCGUGAAUAGUUUUCCAGAUCUAGGGUUUAAAUCUGUCCUUUCUUCUUUCUUUUGAUUCUUUUUGUUUUGGUUUUUCGCUUUUUUUUUAUUUUUAUUUUUUGGGCUUUUUGGUUCUCUAAUGGCGGAGCCGGUUGUGGCUGCAAAUGGGUUGGUGGAGCGAUUGACAACGGCGGCGUCGGAGGAGAUGGAGAAAGAUAGAAAGAAGAAGCGGCGCAAUAACCGGCGACCUAAGCACUGCCCCUCACCGUACCCAGGGGCAGCUUGUAGUUCAAUGGACGGAGUUUGUGGGCCAGCACCAGAGUGGGUGGAGAAUGGCAAUGUUGGUGGAUUGAAUGUGUAUCCUGUGAAGGGCUUCAAUUCCCUUCCAGUUAUGCAUAUUAAUAGCAAUAGUGGCAUUAUUAGGCCUCCUCCAGGGUUCCCACCACCUGAGGUGAUGAAGAUUUCAAGAUCAUGCCCACUGCCAGCACCAUCUCCGCACAUCAAAUCCUUGCCAAAGAAGAUGGAAAACAAGAAUUGUUUUUCACCAUAUUGGUCACAUGAUGCUGUGGAAGAUGCUAUCAAGAAAGGACAAGCUUUUAAAGCUACAUUUCGUGUGAAUGCACAUAACAGACUCGAGGCCUACUGCACUAUAGAAGGUUUACCAAUAGAUGUUCUCAUCAAUGGUGCUGCUGCUCAGAACAGAGCGAUAGAAGGUGAUGUUGUUGCUUUGAUGUUGGAUCCUGUGGCAUCUUGGACUAGGCUGAAAGGAUCAAAUUUAUCUGGAAAUUACAACUCUUCAUAUGAUUCUAAUAAGUUUUCAGAAUCCAAAGAGUUGGCUGUGCAUAAGUUUGCCAUCAAGGAAAACUCUAAUGCGGACUGUGAUUUUAUUACUUCCAGCAAUGGUACCUUCCCCUUGGAUAGGGGAUGCAACUGUCAUGGAGACAACAACAUCAAUUUAGCUGUUCAUUGUGGCCCAGGAGCUGGAGUUGGACAUUAUGACCAGAGGUGCAAUGGACAUAACAUUUCCUCCUUUGAUGGUGCAGAAGGAUCUCCUGCCUUUCAGCAGGAUGAAGUUGUAAGAGCUUUGGAAAGGAUAUGUGCUAUGGCAUAUUCUAAUCCAUCAAAGCGACCUACUGGCAAGAUCAUUGGCAUCAUAAAAAAGUCUGCUCGUCGCAGAGCAAUAAUUGGUUUUCUCGGUGCUAAACAAUGGCUUUGUAAAGAGGUCGCCCAUGAAACUCAGAUCCAUGGACAAUGUUCUGACAACAAUAGAAGUUCUGUAGAAUAUAUGGAACUGUUUCCUAAUGAUUUCAAAUUCCCAAAAAUGGUGGUAAAGGUAAGCAGCCUGCCAAAUUUCAUUGUAGAGAGGCUGAAAAAGGGUGAUGCAACAGUUGGAAAAGAAUUAGUUGCUGCACAAAUAGAUGAGUGGAGUGAGGGAAGUCUUUCUCCACAAGCUCAGGUGUUGCGUAUUCUUGGUGAUGGCGGAGAGGUUGAAUCACAAAUAGCUGCUAUUUUCUUUGAAAAUUCCAUACACCCAGCAACCUUUUCUUCUGAAUUACUGGAUUGCAUUCCAGAUGACCCUUGGUCUGUACCCUCAAAGGAACUCCAGAUUAGAAAAGACCUUAGAAAUAUUUGCACAUUUACUAUAGAUCCUUCAUCUGCUGUUGAUCUUGAUGACGCUUUAUCUGUUGAAGUAGUAUCUAAUGGGAUAUACCGCGUCGGGGUUCACAUUGCAGAUGUUGCGUAUUUGGUUACUCCAGGUACAGCUUUAGAUGCAGAAGCUCAGCUUCGAUCAACAAGUGUCUAUAUUUUGCAACAUAAAUCACCAAUGUUGCCUUUUAAACUUUCUGAAGUUUGUUCACUUAACCCUGGGGUAGACAGGCUUGCUCUGUCCAUUACCUGGGACAUUGAUCAUUCAGGAGAAAUUAUUGAUCGCUGGAUUGGAAGGUCUGUUAUUCAGUCAUGUUGCAAAUUAUCUUAUGAAUUUGUCCAGGAUAUCAUUGAUGGUUCUCUGGAUGUUGAUAAACUGGAUAUGACCGAGAGGUCCAUUCCUAAAUUGCAUGGCGGCCUUGAAUGGAAGGAUGUUGUGAAAUCUCUUAGAGACCUUCAUGAGAUAUCGACAAAGCUGAGAGAGAUUAGGUUCAAAGAUGGAGCUCUUUCCCUUGAAAACGCAAAACUUGCAUUCUUGUUUGAUGAGUUUGGAAAUCCAUGUGGAAGUUACUUCAAUGAGAGGAAGGACUCCUAUACUCUUGUUGAGGAAUUUAUGCUGUUGGCAAACAUCUCAGUAGCAGAAGUUAUAUCCAGGGCCUUUCCUGACUGUGCCUUGCUCCGCAGGCAUCCUGAACCUAAUUCACGAAAACUUAAAGACUUUGAAGCAUUUUGUAAUAAACAUGGUUUUGAGUUGGAGACUUCUUCAUCUCGACAUCUUCACCUUUCUUUAUUGAAGAUGAAAGAAAAGCUUAAAGAUGACCCAAUCCUGUUUGAAAUUCUCAUCAAUUAUGCAUCUAAGCCCAUGCAGCCAGCUAUGUACUUCUGUACUGGAGACUCGAAAGGUCUUGAAUAUGACUGGGCUCAUUAUGCACUUUCUCUCCCCUUCUACACUCAUUUUACUUCCCCAUUGCGAAGAUACCCUGACAUUAUUGUGCAAAGGACUUUGUGCGCUGCCCUUGAGGCUGACGAGUCAUAUUUUAAAGAGAGAAGGAUUUUGGUUCACUCAAAUGAAGUUGACUCAAAUGAAAAGAGUGGACUCUCUUAUGGCUGUUCCGCUUGUCUUUAUUUUAACAAAGAUGCUGCUGAAUCCAUAGAAGGCCAAGAAGUACUAAAGACCGCUGCUCUUAAGUUCAAAGUUCCUGGAACUGAAGUUCUUGGUGAGAUAGCUACCUACUGCAAUGAAAGAAAAUUCGCUAGCAAACGCGCUGAGGAUGCUAGUGAGAAGCUUUGCUUCUGGGCUUUAUUGAAGAAAAAAGAGUUUGUGGUUUCUGAAGCCCGAGUUUUGGGACUUGGACCCAGGUUCAUGUCAGUUUACAUUCCCAAGUUUGGUAUGGAGCGUCGGAUAUAUUAUGAUGAUGUUGAAGGUUUAUCUGUUGAGUGGCUUGAGACAACUUGCACAUUGGUGCUUGAUUUACUCAAGAUAAAGUCCUUACUUAGAAAGGAUAGCCCUGGGAAAUUACGUUGUCCUGUGGAUGUAGCUAUGCUGAUUGAUCCUUCUGAGGUAUUUUUUCCAGAAGAUGAAAAUGUGAACCAGGAGGGACAAAAUGGUGUCUCUUCAUUACAUCCUGGAUCUCAAGAAAAGGACAGAAUUGAACCCUCAUUCUUCCCGCUUACACUGCAGCAUUUAUCUUCUCUCCCUGUGGCUCUUCAUGCUGUUGGUGGUGACGAUGGGCCAGUGGACAUUGGUGUUAGGCUCUACAUGUGCUCAUACUUUAGUGAAAGCUAAUUUGACGAAUUGGGCUCAGUGGAGCAGCGGAACCAAGUUGCUGCACUGCGGUUAUCUUGUAUUUACUUUCAAGACUUUCAUCUUUAAGACCGUUAAGUAGUGCAAGUAGAGCAUCUAAGGGUGUAUAUUUGUGGCCAUGUAUAGUUUCCACCAAGUUGAAGACCCUGCUUGACUGGCUGUUCAAUGAAUUGGUGCCAUUCUCAGGGAGAAGGAAGAGAAGGGAGAUCCUCUCUUGGUCAGGUAGUCAAGUUGCUUUCUGUUUUUCAUUGCUAAGCUACUUGCUCGGAAUCAGAAGCCCAGGUGUUUUAGUUCUGAUGGGCAGAUUCCGUCCUGAAUAGUCUCCAAUUUCUCCCUUGUGUCGUCUGUUCUUUUCCAGGUUUAGUGAAUGGUGUAUAAGCCCAUCUCUUAUUUUUUUUUAUUAGCAGAUGGGCUAAGUCUGAGAUUUGCUCUUUAAAAUAUGUUCCGUUUAAUGUUUGAUUUAUUCCUUUCCUUUC